AUGGAAAAAUUGCAAACUUUAGGUGGAGAAGUAUUAGACGCUUUCCAUUACGUCUUUCGCUGUUCAUUGAAUGUAAUAUAUGAUGUCACGAUGGGUAUGCGAAUAAAUUCACUGAUAAAUUUGGAUUGCAAAUUAGAUAAAUCAAUAGAAUGUUAUACUGGAAUCGAAACUUCAGCCACAAACAUUAGCUUUGUACUUUUAAUGCUUGUUAUUACAUUUUCGAAUAUUCAAAAAAAAAAACUUUUGGAACGUGUGAUCAAGGAAACAUUACGUCUAUUUCCUCCAGUUCUACUCAUCGCACGGAAAGUGAUGCAAGAUAUAAAAAUUACUAAAAAUUGGACUAUACCGAAAGGAUGUUCAGCAGUAUUUCCCAUCUAUAAACUACAUAGAAGCGCGAAAUAUUGGCCACGGCCAUUACUAUUUGAUCCCGAUAGGUUCCUACCGGAAAAGAAUUAUUCUACGUAUUUCUUUCCAUUCAGUUACGGUCGAAGAAAUUGCAUAGAAUUCAAUAAUUGCACCAUCAUUUUAAAUCAAUUCUGA